CUGUUUGGAUGCAGACAGUAAUAACCCAAGUUAUCUCGUGCUUCGUAAAGGAAAUUCCCAAAGAAUAUUAUCAUUGUUUUCUUUGGGUAAACACCGAUUGAGAGGUAAAAUCCUUCAGCUCAAUGUACGAGAAUGAAUUCGAAAAUUCAGGUAGUAAUCGCAGCCAAAACCUUGCAGCGCAAUAUAUGGUUCCAAGGUCGACCAAAAAAAGCGGCUUUGAACCAGGAAGGAACAGCAAUGAGUCGUAUUGCUUUAAUAUAUCCUAAGCUAGCAAUCUUUAGGAGUAGGACUCAACUAACAUCAUCUGCAACAAAUACAAGAAGCCGUGAUUUAAUGAAGAAUCCAUUGAAUAGUCAUCUUAGUGUUGUGCUAAUGAGCCUUAACAACAUGCAAGUGGCAGCAGUAGCUGCCUUCUCUACUUAUUCUCCAUGUAACCCACAGAUACAAACAGCAAGUAUUCUCAUUCAAAAAGAUCUUUUUGAACUGGCAUCAAAAGCUCUUAUGGAGUUACAAGAAUCAAAAAAUAGCAGUAGCUUAGUAGUGGAGAAAAAGGCACAUGUCUUUUGUGAUCUAUAUCGGACAUUGCAACAUUCUGAGAAAAAACUUAUUCUGAAUCAAUUUGCUUUAAUAUGGAGUGGCAAACAAAAUGCUACAAUGAACUCUGUAAAGAAAUAUCUAACUGCACAGGAAAAGGGUGACGAGGCGUUGAUCAAAGCUGAAGAUAACUUGCGUAGUACACUGGCAGUUGAUCAGAAUUGGUUGUUGUCCAAUUUGGCUCGUCAAGAAGGCGGGAUAAAAUUUCUGAUUGAUAUACGUGCAGAUAUACUGGAACAAGUUGAAAUAGCAGAUGCAACUAACGUAGUAGUUUUGAGGUCCAUGAGUAACGCAAUUCGUGAUUUAAUUGCUCCGUGCUUCGGAAUCGACAUGCUACAACUGGACAGAGUUACAUGGUCUUCUCCAGGCAGUCUCCUACAACACGUUUCAGAAGGUGAAGCUGUUCAUCCCGUGCGAAGCUGGUCAGAUCUCAAAAAACGUCUUGGUCCUUAUCGACGUUGUUUCAUUCUUUUGCAUCCUGCAUUACCGAAGCGACCGCUAGCCAUUUUACACGUUGCGUUGACAAACGAAAUAUCUGACAAUAUUCAUUCAAUUAUCACACGGAAUGUGAGUCAUUCGGUUGAUUCUGAGACAGAUACUUCGACUUUGGCAGACGAUGAAGAUGUUAAUCGUGUAAACACCGCCAUAUUUUACAGCAUCAGCUCAACUCAAAAAGGCCUCGCAGGGAUAGAUUUAGGUCAGUCUCUGAUCAAACGAGCGCUUCGCGCAUUACAAUCAGAAAUACCUUCCCUACAGCAGCAUUCAACACUAUCGCCCAUUCCUGGUUUCCGGUCGUGGCUCCUUCAACAGUUACGUGAGACUGAGCGUGGCCGCAAAACAGUUUUAACGGACUUUGAUUGGGGAUCGGCGCAACAAUUAAUCAACAGCACAAAAGAAAAUCCGCUUGGACUGCUUCGUAACUUAUUAGUCGAUAGUUCUUGGAUGCGAGAAGAAGCUAAAGCCGCAUUGUUGAAGCAUCCUUUAAUGCGCCUAUGUGCGAAUUACCUGUUUGUGGAGAAGAGGCGAGGCUUUGCAUUGGAUAGUGUUGCCAACUUUCAUUUGCGGAAUGGAGCAAUAAUGUGGAGAUUGAAUUGGGCUGCGGAUCUUUCGCCCAGAGGCCUGAAAAAUUCAUUUGGCUUGAUGAUGAACUACAGGUAUUAUGUGGAGUCUUGCGAAAAAAACAGUCAACUGUAUGCAGAAAAGCAGCAUAUAGAGUCAUCAGAGCAAAUCCGUCUUUUGUCAGGCGUUUCCAGUCAAUCCACCAAUCAACUUUCUCAUCUGUGAUUAAUGCACUCUUCAAGCGCUUUGCGCUGAAGGCUAGCCUGGAAGCAUUUCAGUUGCUCAGGCAAUUACGUAUUUGGUAAUCCAUGGUUACCCUCAAACCAAGAUUUCCAAAUUUUCGUGUAUAUAUUUUAUAAUCGUAUCUCAAAUAUAUUGUAUAUUCAGUUUGUGUUUAAA